UCCGGUUUUUCGGGUGCUGACGCUCUCUUCCGGUCUAGGGGCUUCCGUAAGGUCUUUGGGAAGCGCGCGAUGAGGUUGCUGACGUUUGUGGUGUUGGUUCUAUUUGCUGUCACUCAAGCAGAGGAGGGGGCCAGACUGUUGGCCUCCAAAUCACUGCUGAACAGAUAUGCUGUGGAGGGGCGAGACCUGACCUUACAGUACAACAUCUAUAACGUGGGCUCCAGUGCUGCAUUAGAUGUGGAAUUAUCUGAUGAUUCCUUCCCCCCAGAAGACUUUGGCAUUGUCUCUGGAAUGCUCAGUGUCAAAUGGGACCGGAUUGCCCCUGCUAGCAACGUCUCUCACACCGUGGUCCUGCGCCCUCUCAAGGCUGGCUACUUCAACUUCACCUCGGCAACCAUUACCUACCUGGCCCAGGAGGAUGGGCCUGUUGUGAUUGGCUUCACCAGUGCACCUGGACAGGGUGGAAUCCUGGCCCAGCGGGAGUUUGAUAGGAGAUUCUCACCCCAUUUUCUGGACUGGGCAGCCUUUGGGGUUAUGACCCUUCCCUCCAUCGGCAUCCCCCUGCUUCUCUGGUACUCCAGCAAGAGGAAGUAUGACACUCCCAAAACCAAGAAGAACUGAGUGGGGCUUCUGCAACCCUCCUCUCCUGCGAGAUCCAGGUGCUUUCCAGACUUCAAAGGGUACCUCAAAUGCAAUCUCUUCUCCCUUAGCCCUUGGCCACCUUCUCCUGGAUCCUGCUCUGCCCUCAGCCAGAGUGAAGGAACAGGCCUAGAGGCCUAGGUGUCUGAGAGCCUCCUUGGUUCCAUCCUGAAGCCAUACAGACGGGAACACCUUUGGUGACAGCCUUGAGCCCAGAGGGCCCUCUGGUGCCCCAUUGAGGGACUGUUGGGCAUAUUGCUGGCAAUGUGAACUCUCGGGGGUCCAGGAGGGGGCACUUCAGAGACUGCCUGACACCACCCCACCCCUCAUCUUCCGUUCUCAGAAGAGGGUGGAAGAUGAAAGCUGUGGGACUCUUGGAGGCUACCCAGUCUCUGUUCUGGGUUAGGGAAGCGCUUACCAAAUGGGGUUUUCUAAUAAAAAUAGAAACAAACACCAGACUGA